AGGAAACGCGCUAUAUAAAAUCCCUGAUCCCCACCUAGGUUUCCUCUUCUCCCUCCACAACCGCCGCCGCGAACCCUCAGCGCCCUCGCCCUCCAACCCUCCCCCGCCGCAGCUCCACAGCCUCAGCGCCGCCGUCGACAUGGGUAAGGUUCACGGAUCGCUGGCUCGUGCCGGGAAGGUGCGCGGGCAGACCCCCAAGGUCGCCAAGCAGGACAAGAAGAAGCAGCCCCGCGGCCGCGCCCACAAGAGGAUCCAGUACAACCGCCGCUUCGUCACCGCCGUCGUCGGCUUCGGCAAGAAGCGCGGCCCCAACUCCUCCGAGAAGUAGAUGCGCGUCACGGGUUAAAGAAGCUUCUCUUUCCUUGCACUAGUUUCCUCUCGUGUUGUCUUUGCGCAAGAAGAUGGAAGAAAAAACCUUACUUACUGUUUUGGCUCGUGUAAUGGAUGAGAUGGAACUCAUGUGUUAAGUAUGCCUGCUUCAUUUUAGUUGAGAAUUUGAGAUAUGGUGGUAUGAGUUGAUUACUGCAAUUUGCUUA